AUGCUGGCAACCAGGACCUUGCUGUCAAAACAAACACUGGCUGCUCUCUCUCGCCAGCCUGCCUGCUUUGUUCACCAUGGUGACUAUGGCAACUGGGGGAAUACCAAUAUUGCAGUGGUUUUCUCAGGAUGUGGCUGGUGGGAUGGGACUGAUGUCCAUGAGGGAGUAUACACUAUGUACCACCUGAGCCGUAACGGUGCUCGCUUCCAGAUGUUUGCUCCGAAUCAACAGCAAAUGCAUGUGAUGGACCACAUGAGGAAGCAGCCUGGCUCUGGGGAGAACCGGAACAUGAUGACGGAGUCAGCUCGCUUCAGUCAUGGUCAGGGAAUGAUGCAAAUGCAGGACCUGUCCAAGCUGGACGUCAACAGCUUUGAUGGCGUCAUCUUCCCUGGAGGCCACGGCAUCAUCAAGAAUCUGUCCUCUUUUGUGAAGGAUGGCAAAGAUUGCAAGCUGCACAAUGAUGUGGAAAGGGUGCUUAAAGACUUCCACCGCUCACGCAAGCCUAUUGGACUGGCCAGCAUGGCUCCCAUGCUGGCCUGCCGCGUGCUGCCCAGCAUCGAGGUGACCAUGGGCUACGAGCGGGACGACAACACUCGCUGGGGGAACUGGCCUCACACAAACAUGGUGCAGGCUGUGAAGAGUAUGGGUGCUCGCCACAAUGUCCGUGAGCCAUACGAAGCCUAUGUGGACGAGAAGAACAAAGUGGUCAGCACCCCGUCCUUCAUGUGGGAAACAGAGUAUCACUAUCACUACAUUUUUGAUGGCAUUGGAAACAUGGUCAAACAUGUCAUGCGUAUGUCAACCAAGUGAUGUGACACUUUCAGCCUGGAGAAGAAAUCGAGAAAGUUGGUGUUGACGUGUGACGUACACCCCUGUAUUGUGAUGCAUUCUUACCUGAAAACAUAUAAAUGCUUUAGUUAAAG